CUAAUUUCCCCUCCAUUUUCUCGCCUUCUUGUCUCUCUCUCCCUCUCCCUCUCCCUCUCCUCCAAAGCUCCGUAAUUUUUUUUUGUUUAUCUUCCUUAGGGUUUUUCACUUCCUUUUGAUUGCUCCCAGACAACCGUUUUUCCGGGAGUGUUUGGGAAAAUGGGAGAUUCAUCCCAGUGAUUAUCGGUUUUUGGGCUUCCAGGGUUCUGCAUUUAGAUUUGAAAAUGCCGGCUCACCGUUCCAAAUCGGAGAAGACUGAUGCCGGGAAGCAGCUCCGGCGGGACCCCUACGAGGUUCUCGGAGUCUUGCGGAACUCAACGGAUCAGGAAAUCAAAUCCGCUUACCGGAAAAUGGCUCUCAAGUACCAUCCUGACAAAAAUGCAAAUGAUCCAAAAGCAGCUGAUAUGUUUAAAGAGGUCACUUUUUCCUAUAAUAUCUUGUCUGAUCCAGACAAACGGCGUCAGUAUGAUACUGCAGGUUUUGAGGCUGUUGAGUCAGAAGGCCAAGAAUUGGAGCUAGACCUUUCCAAUUUGGGAGCUGUGAACACUAUGUUUGCUGCUCUUUUUAGUAAACUUGGUGUACCAAUCAAGACCACUGUAUCAGCAACAGUCUUGGAGGAUGCCCUGAAUGGCGUGGUGACUGUUCGACCACUUCCACUGGGGCAACCAGUGGUUAAGAAGGUAGAAAAGCAAUGUGCUCAUUUCUAUUCUGUUACACUAACAGAGGAGGAAGCACAAACUGGAUUUGUGUGUCGAGUCCAAUCAUCAGACAAAAGCAAGUUCAAGCUAUUGUAUUUUGAUCAAGAGGAAGGUGGUGGACUAAACCUCUCACUACAGGAGGACAGUGCCAGAACAGGAAAGGUUACAUCUGCUGGAAUGUAUUUUCUUGGUUUCCCUGUUUAUCGGUUGGAUCAAACAGUUAACUCGAUGGCAGCUGCAAAGGAUCCAGAUUCUGCUUUCUUCAAAAGAUUGGAUGGGUUCCAACCUUGUGAAAUGACUGAACUAAAGGCUGGUACCCAUGUAUUUGCUGUUUAUGGUGACAAUUUUUUCAAGAGUGUAAGCUACACAAUAGAAGCACUUUGCACAGCUCCUUUUGCAGAAGAGAAGGAAAAUCUUAGAGCUGUGGAAGCCCAAAUACUAACAAAAAGGGUGGAACUCUCAAAUUUUGAAACCGAAUACCGAGAGGUCCUUACACAAUUUACUGAGAUGACCAGUAGAUAUGCACAAGAAAUGCAAGCCAUUGAUGACCUUCUCAAGCAAAGGAAUGAAAUUCAUGCCUCAUACUCCAGUGCUCCAUCAAUAAAACGAAGUAGAAGCAAGAACAGGGGCCUUUCGAAAGAUUCGAAAGAUGACGGUCAAGUGAAAGAUAAGAAACCUGCGUUCCGGGAAAGGCCAAAGAAAAAGAAAUGGUACAACAUCCACUUAAAGGUGGAUAAGAGCAAGCCUUGCUGAAUUGGGAAAAAUUUAAACCGGGAACACUUAAGUGAUAAAUUAUAUAUUGCCUGCAGUCUGCAGUGGUUCCACAUUUGUGUAAGCCAAAUAUAUGAAGCAAAUCCUGCACCAGACUGUUGUUCAUCAAAGAUGAAGUGGAGAUGAUGGUUCAGGUGGAACGACUCCAUUACUCUAGCAUGUAAAGGAUUGCAACUCGGUUGUUAUUGUAAAAUUAUUUUCUUUUUCCUUUUUGCUGCCUUUGGUCAUAUGCUCUAGCUAUUUUCCCAGUAUUCUCAGCAUUGUUGCCUGUAAAUUGCAUGAUUUAUUUGUGAAGCUCCUUGCCUUGACUCUUAGGAUGGGUUAUUUUUGGGUUAAAAGCCCAAGAAUAAUAUGGGAGCAGGUUGAAUCCACCCGAGUGGUUGGGGAUCCAUGGGCAUCGAGGCAUACUUUCAGCUUCAUGAAACUGUUUGAGGUCAGUUAAUCCACUGUAAUUAAUGAGAAAUCCCAGGCAGUGGCGAAUUUUUUGUUUCUUAUUCCUUCUUGUCCUUGUUACGUGGUUCAUUAAUCCAAGAGACAGUGGUUGAGGCCAGUGGCUUUGUAAACUGUUUGUGUAUUGAGACGAAGGGUUAAAAA